GUCAAACCUGCCUGGCAACUUUGACAUAUCUGUCUCUGAAUUGGAAAGAACCAUGUGUGAGUUCUUCACUAGAAUUGACAUACUAGGGAGGUGCGGGAAAAUGGUCCCUGUUCUGUUAAAACCUUCAUUCGUGUCAGCAUUGGAGCUUCUUGUGAAUGUUCGUGAAACAUGUGGAGUCCCCAGUAAGAAUCUUUUCCUAUUUGGCCGACCCAGGUCACUGACUGCCUACAACGGCUCUGACUGCAUACAAAAAUAUGUCAGAGAGUGCGGUGCUAAAGACCCUGAAGCACUGAAAUCGACAAAGAUCCAAAAGCAUUAUGCAACAAUGCUGCAGCUGAUCAAUCUGGACGAGAAUGAAGCCGACCAAAUAUUGGGCCCUAUUAAUCAAGUCCGAACACUACGACAGAGUUGUGGUAUGCAGCUGGAUGAUGUCCAAAUGGACUCCGAAGAGAGAUUACAACCUGCAAGAGGACAUCAAGCUGAGUCAUGGGAUCAGAGCGAAUUUUUUGGUGCAUGCUACGCCCAAGGAGAUUUUUAUCAUGAACAAGCACAUGGAGCAACGGCAGGCACCAGCAUGACUGUACCACCAAAAUCUGGCAACUCAGGCAAAAAAGAGAGAUUAGAACCUGCAAGUGGACAUCAACCUGCAUCGUGGGAUCAGAGUGAACUUUCUGGUGCAUGCUACGCUCAAGCUGAUUUUUAUCAUGACCAAGCACACGGAGCAACGGCAGGCACCAGCAUGACUGUACCACCAAAAUCUGGCAACUCAUGCAAAAAAGGUUCUCAUAGUCAGUGCAAACACAAAUGGGAGGAGGCAGAAGUUUGUGCCGUAGAAAGACACAUGAUGCGCUUCAUUCAAGGACACAAGGUACCUCAGAAAAAUGACUGCAUUCAGUGUCUUGAGGCUGAACCAAAAGCACUGAGGACCCGUUCCUGGAAAGGUGUAAAAGACUACGUUCGAAACAGGAUCACCGCUCUAAAAAGACAAAGUGGCACCUACCAAACGUUAUCCACAAACAGUAACUGGCCCGGGCAAAUGGAACCACAAAGGACUGGACAUUUUCAGCAGCUGUAGACUCUCUCACUCCCACUUCUAUUUUACCCUCCACCUCCCUCUUGCCUUGUUUGUCUUUCAUUCCUCAACAGUCUCCCUCUCUGUCUCUUAUACAACAUUGGGAGCAUUUCCGUCCUUUAGGAUGGCCAAGAAGACAUUUUUUAUUUGUUGUUUUAUGUUACUGUCAGUCAUUCUUACUUUGUGUGAUUCUGCAGUAUAUACAUCUCCCUGUGGUUUAGCUUCAUUUUAAGAAGUUGACACACAACAUUUCAUAAGUACUGACAGAUGAUGUGUAAUACAGAUGUAGCUGAUGUCUGACUUUUACAUUGUUGGAGCUGACCAUCUUUGACCAAGUUAUCUGGUGUACUGUGUUUUGUUAUUCAGUUUGACUUUGUAUAACAAUUUAUCAACAAUAAAGUGCCAACAAAAAUGUCUUACUAAUUUAUGUC